AUGGUAAAGUCUACGGGAAUAUGCAGUGCGGGUGACCCAAAUUGGAUGAAAGGUGCAGCCACCCGUCGACCUUGUCGUAAAAAGCCUUGCCAUAGGCCAACCAUGUUGUCGCCAAUGCACCCGGACAAACGAAGAAGAAGGGACAACAUGCGCCUUAUGCAAGUCAUUACGCCUACUUGUAAUGCCCACAGCCCCUGGAAGAGACUCGACGAGAUCCCAUGCAAUGAAAGGAGAAGGCAGGGACACCUUUACUUCGAUGCACUUUGUGAGACCAAAUCGCUCCUCCCUCAUUUUAUUUCCUUCGGGCCUUCGGUUUCAUGA